GUUUAGUUGUAAGAAUAGCAUUCGACAAAGCAUCAGAUAAAUAUGUAAGGCAAUACCUACGCAGCUUCUGUACAGUAUUGAGGUACCACAGAUGGCGUGUAAAUUGUUCAAGUUACCGCGCCGACAGUGGCUCUUGUUGUUGCUCGUUGCGCUGGUGCUGUGGGGUCUACUGAUUGUGAACAUCAACAUUGGCAUUGUUAGCAAUCAUGACAGUGGACGACUAAAGAAUGAAGUUAUACGAUUAAGCGAGCGUUACAUUAGAGCCCUUGCCAGGGACAAUGACGGAGUUGUGGAUGGUCCGUAUGCUGGCCGCUUCACUGCUUAUGAUCUGAAGAAGACUAUGCUGUUCUAUUGGAGAACAUCUUAGAGCGACUAGACCAUAUAGAGCAUCAUCUGAACAUCUCCAGUAACAUGACGACACUUGCCCAGCCUGCGCGGGAUGGUGCUGUAACCAAGUCAAACCCUGUACUAG